AUGGACACCCCUUUCUGGCGUGAUGCUCCUCUUCAUCACAUGCAUAUCGUUGAAACUGAUCUGGAUGGUGCCACGGCAGCAUGGAUGACCGAGCCAGCAUUUACAAAAACGGAGUACAUCGGUGAGUCGGAUGAUGGGCUACGUCAGCUUUACUUAGGCAAUGCAAUUAAACAGAUAUACGAACCAUUUGGAUUCCCAUUUGAGGUGCCGUGUUUCACGAAGUACGUGGAAAUUUUCAACUCUACGACUAUUUUCUACAAAUUACCCAAUAGAAAUUUUCUCUCUUUGCCAGAAUCCUCAAUGCUUGAUCCAGUUGGCAAGGAAGAAAUCCCUACCUACUUAUCUUACGUUGUUUCCAAGAUGGCAAAACUGAACAAUUCUAAGCCUCUCGAGAUCGCGGCGGUUCCUCAGCUAUUAGGGCGCAAUACAGGCGCUUUCACUCAUACUGAGGUGAAGAACUUCCUCAAAGAAGCUGACGGAUCACUAACGAUCAAUCCGUAUCUCGAAGGAUUGGCUCAGUCUUCGAGAACAGUCAUGGAACCAUGGGGUUCAUUUGUAUGCGCUGCUAUGGUUGACAAUGAGCCACGACAUUUGGGAGUUGUGACAAAUUUGGACUACAUCGUAAAUGACCAACGCCCCCUCAAAUAUUCCGACUUCAAAGUGUAUGAUGAGGAGCAAAAGAAACCGCCGGGGAGAAGGGAGCCGUUACCCAUUCUCGAUAGUGCCACUAAUCUAAAGGAGCGGUUGUACAGGGACCGUUUUAAGAUUCUAUCCAAUAUCACUAACGAAAUUAAAGACCAUCCUGGAAUCUAUAUUGAUGAAGCACCAUGUACACAGGAGAAAUACGAUUGUGUCAAGCUCGCAAGAUGCCGAGGAAUCGACAUUACGUCAAAAAUUGACGAAGAAUUGGAGGUAGAGGUGGACCCAUGUGCUGAAUAUGAAAGCGAAAUUGAAAUCAUCUUCAUCGAAAACGAACAUACUCAAGUCCCGCUGUUCACUGGAAAAAACUAUCGCAUUCGACUGAGAGAAGAAGUUUUUUCAACGGAUGCUACACAAGCCAGAUGGAAAGUUUCUUCACGACCUCCUGCACAUUUCGACAGAUCGAAAAUGUGCUUGGAACAGGGCAUUGUAUUGCAGAAAAAUGGCGAUCUGUUAAUGACCCGCUUGACAUCAAAAGACGUAAGGCGGCACGUUGAAGUAACACUCCCCGAUGGAAGAAAGAUCAGUAUACAAUUCAUCAAUGCCGGCCUGAAGCUCGGUCUCGGUGACGACAGGGACGUAUUGAUUAUGUGGGCGGUGAUUCUUACUGGUGCGUCGUCCUUCAAAUCGUUUUUCAGUUUGACGAAUGUUCUCGCUAAUUUCACAGACUCGGUGCUUCCAAAACCUUGCUAA